AUGGAUGACAAGAGUCGUGAUGGCUUCGAAUCGGACAAGGCGAAUGACGAAGGGCCCAUAGCGGUAGAGAGGAACGACGAGGGGCUGAUUCCGGCAGAGAAAAACGGUGACAAUUUGAUACCGGUGGAGGGGAGCGAUGACGGGGCGUUGCCUGUGGAUAACAACAAGGAUGGUCUCAUGCCCGUGGCAUCGGUCAUAUCUGCGGACAAGGACGGGGACGGCCAUCCCAACACGUCGACGGAUAGAAUCUUCAAUCAUGCGAAAGCUGCCACCGACAAGGAGCGCAAUAUGACCUUGCUCCAGGGUAUCAAGCUUUACCCAAAGGCAGUCGCGUGGAGCAUCCUCAUUUCGACAUGUAUUGUUAUGGAGGGCUACGACAUCAGUUUGGUGGGCAAUUUCUACGCCUUUCCUCAGUUUAACAGGAAAUAUGGUGUGCGGCUGGAGAAUGGAGAUUACCAGGUUCCGCCAAGUUGGCAAUCGGGCCUCAGCAAUGGUGCAGCUGUGGGUGAAAUUAUCGGCCUUUUCAUAAACGGGUGGGCGUCGGAACGCUUUGGCUAUCGCAAGACUAUCAUGACCUCUCUAGCGUUUCUGACGGCUUUUAUUUCGAUCUUUUUCACUGCUCAGAAUGUGCAGUCGCUGCUCGCGGCCGAGAUUUUAUGCGGUGUCCCAUGGGGCGUAUUCCAGACUCUCACCAUUACCUAUGCUUCCGAAGUUUGUCCGGUAGCUCUACGCGGAUACCUCACGACGUAUGUCAACUUCUGUUGGGGUCUGGGACAGCUGAUUGGCAUUGGAGUAAUCAAAUCCAUGUUGGAUCGCGAGGAUGAAUGGUCAUAUCGCAUUCCGUACGGUCUACAAUGGAUGUGGCCUGUUCCGCUUUUCAUUGGCAUUGCCUUGGCCCCAGAAUCGCCCUGGUGGCUAGUCCGGAAAGGGCGUGUUAAGGAGGCAAAACACUCCCUUCGACGCUUGACCAGUCUGAACCGAGAAACGGAGUUUAACGCCGAUGAAACAAUUGCGAUGAUGGUGCAUACAACGGCAUUGGAAGAAAAGAUUACCCGAGGGAGUAGUUACUGGGACUGCUUCAAAGGUGUUGAUUUGCGUCGCACUGAAAUCGUCUGCAUGGUGUGGGCGAUUCAGAACCUGAGCGGCAACUCAUUUUCAAACUAUUCAACGUACUUUUUGCAGCAGGCGGGACUGGAAACAAAGCAUGCGUAUUCCUUUGCGAUGGGACAGUACUCUAUCAACAUGGUCGGCGUUUUCGGUGCCUGGUUUUUGAUGACGCUUGGGGUCGGCCGCAGGUCACUCUAUCUCUACGGCUUGUGCGGCCUCUGCGCUAUGCUUCUCGUCAUGGGAUUCCUGGGGUUGGUCCCCGAAGCGCACCGGAACCAAAGCUCCCUGGCCACCGGCAGCAUGAUGAUCAUCUGGGCGUUAUUUUACCAGCUGUCGGUCGGAACCGUCUGCUAUUCACUUGUUUCGGAACUUUCUACCAGGAGACUCCAAAUCAAGACUGUUGUGCUCGGCCGGAACCUAUACAACAUUGUCGGCAUAAUUUGCAAUGUGUUGACUCCUUACAUGCUCAAUCCAAUCGCUUGGGACUGGGGUAACUUCGCUGGCUUCUUUUGGGGUGGCAUCUGCUUCCUCUGCAUUAUCUACACGUAUUUUCGGGUCCCCGAGCCACAAGGUAGGUCGUUUGCGGAAUUGGACCUCUUGUUUGAGCGUAAGGUCAGUGCGAGGAAGUUUGCAACAACGCACGUCGACGUUUUCGAGGAAGAAGUUGAAGGCAAUGUCAUCCAGCAAUACAGAAACGAGACCACCAAGAGCGUCUGGGCAUGA